AUGGCUUCUGAUGUCCAUGACAAGGUGGAGCGACACCCCAGAGUGAUCCCGCCCUCCUCCAAUCUGUCCGCUGACCCCGAGAACCAACGCUCUGAGAGCCCCGCCCCCGUCCUGACCCAGGGCACUGAGCCAGGGGCGGGCCAGAAUGAAGCCAUGUUUGUCCACGCUCAGUCCUAUGAAGACCUCACUGGAGAGGUGGAGGUUCCCCUCCCCCAGAGUCCCGGCCCCGACGGCAGUGUGGAGGUCAGCAGCAUGGAGCAGAUCAGUGAGGACUUCAGCAAGCUCAGCACUCAGCUGAGUGUCAGCUCCGUACAGAGUAUAGAUCAGAGCCCAGAGGAGGCCCCCGACCAGGGACAGGAAGACUCCACCCCUUCUUCCAGCCCAGAAGUGGACGGGGGAAGUUGGGUUCUGGAUGACUGGUACCAGCACCAGAAACACGUCUUUGUCCUUAGCGAAGCGGGAAAGCCGGUGUAUUCUCGGUAUCGCUCAGAGGAGGCGCUCUCGAGCACCGCCGGUGUGAUGAUGGCACUGGUGUCGGUUCUGGAAUCAGAGAAGAACGCCAUCCGAUCCAUCCACGCAGAUGGAUAUAAAGUGGUGUUUGUGCGUCGCUCUCCUCUGGUUUUGGUGUCGGUGUCACACACUCAACAGUCGGAACAGGAAAUCGCUCAGGAGUUGCUGUACGUUUACUAUCAGAUUGUGAGCCUGGUCACCGGGACUCAGCUCCACCACUUCUUCCAGCAGAGACCCAGCUAUGACCUGCGGCAGCUCCUCUCCGGCUCCGAGCGCAUUACGGACAAGUUGCUGGAUUCCAUGGACGUGGACCCCAGCUUCCUCCUGGGAGCAGUGCGUUGUCUUCCCAUGGCGGCCAGCCUGCGAGAUUCCGCCAUGUACUGUCUCCAGCAAGCCAAGGCCAAAAGCCUGGUCUUCUCCAUUCUGAUGUCCAAUAACCAGCUGGUGACUCUAGUCAGGAAGAAGGACCAGUAUCUGCACCCCAUUGACCUCCAUUUGCUCUUUAACCUGGUCACCUCAUCCAGCUCCUUCAGGGAAGGCGAGGCCUGGACACCCGUCUGCCUCCCCAAGUUCAAUUCCUCUGGCUUCUUCCAUGCUCACAUCUCAUAUCUGAGCCACAAGCCUGAACUGUGUCUCCUGAUGGUGUCCACUGACCGGGAGGACUUCUUCACAGCCUCGGACUGCAAGAGAAAGAUAGUGGAGAGGCUGGAGAAGAGGGGAGUGUGGGCCUCACUGAUGGAAGCGCUGAGCAACCCCUUCUAUGAUGUCGCACCGAUCGGGAUCCCAGAACUGAGGCAUUUCCUCUACAAAUCUAAGAGCUCCGGGCUCCUCACUAGUCCUGCCAUGGUGGCUCCCUACGACACCGAUCGGGAAAGAAGGCGGCUGGUGGAGCUGUAUCAGUACCUGCACGGCAGAGCGCACUGCAGCGCCCGUCCCCUGAUCACCAUCUACCACAUGGGAGUCCAUGAGAACAUACUGGCCUGGGUGACAGAGGCAUUCGAGCUCUACGUUUGUUUCAGUCCCUUGGGGACAAAAUCAUCAGCUGUGAACGGGGUCUCCCGCCUGCUGCGCUGGAUCCGCAAAGAAGAGGAUCGCCUGUUCAUCCUGAGCUCUCCGACGUACUGA